AUGCUGAAACUACAAUCGGAUGGAGGAUUGACAAGCCCGAAUGCAAUGCGAAUAGAGAAUGACAAGCCAAAGACCGCGAAAUCAACCACAAAUCAGCCUGAACAGCAGGAGAUGGAUAAGAUAAUUGCCAAGUACGACCAUCUAUUUCAAGGAAUCGGCAAAAUCACAGAUAAGAAGAACAACAGAGAAAUAUAUGGACAAUUCCACAUGCAACCAGAGGCCAUACCAAUAACGCAGAAACCUCGCCCUGUACCGUACCACCUACAAAAGUCACUGAAGGAAUGGUUGCAACAAGGAGUGAAAGAGGACAUAUUUGAACAGGUCCCUGACGAUGAACCAGUGACGUGGUGCUCCCCACUGGUGAUACAACCCAAACCGAGAUUCGCAAAGACUCCAACGGAGGAAUUGGGCACACAUAUGAUCCGAGCAAGUGUCGACCUCCGAGUUCCCAACAAAUACAUGGAACAAAGCCGAGUAUCCCAAACACCCAUUGUUGAAGUAAUAUUUCAAAUCCGAGUUAGUGUUUUAGACGUGGUUUCUAAAUACAAGUGCCAUGAACAAUGGCGAGGCGCAGCCGAGCCAUUGAUCAUGGCACUGGGGAUUUGGAAGCCAAGUUUAAAACACUAACGAGGAUUUGAAAUUGCUUCUCAUACAUCAUUAGACUUUCAUAGCAAUGAGGCAUGAAAUUAUUAGAUAUUCAAAAAAGUGAGCGUGGGCAUUAACGAUUACAUUCGCUUGAAAGUUUGCAUGAAGUGCAACGAAGCAUUCAGUUCGCUUUCGUCGUGAAUAGAUUAAUUUUGUUGGCAAAAGAGCAUGGUAUCUUCUUAUAAUAUAAGAAAAAGCGGUUUCGAGAACCAGAAAGUGUUGAGCACAGCAUUGUGCACAGUAUUGUCGCUCGGCUGACAAGGUUGGGGAUCCGAAAAACGAUAUAUCAGAUUGUGUGUGCGAUAAGGCGCUAUCUGGUGGAAAAUGAAAGAGCCGAAGUGAAUAUAUAUUUUAUAGACGGUAAACAUUACUGGUAAGUUGCUGUAUUAUAGUGUUUAAAGCGCUGUUUAUUAUGACAGUUAGUAAAAAAGUUCGUUUUCCUAUAUUUAUGUAGUUUUCAAACGUUUAGGAAAAGUGUUAGCUAUAAAGUGUAGUUAGAAUAAAUUUCUAAAUACAACUUACUGUAUUUAGAAAUAAUUCUAAACAUAGCAAUUAAAUAUAUUUGCAUAAUCUUUUGUUUACGCCUCAAUUUCCCUAUUGUUCAAAGCCCUUCCCACUUGAAGUAAUUAAAGUCCUGGUCUAGACGGGGUAUCCAGAUAGAUACACGUGAUGUAAAUUAAACCAUGUCAUUGGCCGAAAUGCUAUGAAUAUCUAAUGAUGUAUGAGAAGAUUUCAUCCACAGAUUUCAUGACUGCAGCAUUUGGACCAAGAUGGACCUCCCGUAAAGGUUACCAUCAACCUGCCCUCGAUCCAGGGUCACGAGCUGUCGCCACUUUUCCUACCCCAUGGGGGAAUUAUCGCCCGAAACGACCAGAAUUUGGAGCCAAAACAUCACAAGAUGCAUUCGAUGAAACAAUGCAACGAAUCUUCGGAGACAUCCCCAGAUGCUUCACCAGAGAGACAAAAUAGCAGUAAACGAGUUCCAUUUACGUAAGGGAAAUUUGUGGCAGAGAACAUAUGUAUUCCUGUUCUAUUAGUAUAAAUAUAGGCUAGGGUAGAUUAUUGGUACUGUAUAGAUGUUUGGGAUCGGUUAUUGACUUUUGGAUUGGUUAUUGUCAUGUUGAACGCGUUAUGUGUGUGUUAGUUGAAUCGCAAAUUAAGAGUUGAGAAUCGUGUUGGGUAAUUGUAACUUACAUCAUUGUAAAACGACGUGCACCAAACAAGUGUAAAUAUCUGUACUUAAUAAAUAUAUUUUUAAAAAAAACAGUCCCAUGUGUAAAGUGUCUUGAAUCGUGAGCCAGCAACCAUCGUGACUUAAAUCGCACUAAGUUACGCGACAGUGGUAAUAGACAAACGACCUCGUUACCCAGAAAUCGAAGUCACCUACUCAACCUCAUCCAACCCAAGCAAACCUAAAACGAAUGUUUGCGCACCAUGGAACCCCACAACGCGUAGAUUCAGACAACGGACCUCCUUUCAAUUCAGAGGAAUUUGCUCAGCGAAAGACCGAUCAUAGAGAGAAAGAAGGAAAUUGACAAGCGGGACAAAGAGUACACGAAACGAAUGGCACACCAGAAAAGAAAUGUAAAGAAACACAAGUUCGCAUUGAAGGACUAUGUGCUGGUGAAGCAGAAGAAGACAAAUAAUUGGACAACAGCAUUCGAGCCAGCUUUUUACACCAUCACAAAAACUCAAGGAUCGUCAAUCACUAUCAGACGGAUUAAGGACGGAAGAGAACUGUGCCGUGACGCGAGUCAACUAAAACCAGCAAACUCCCUAGUGGGAACGGAGAAAUAUCCAAUGCAGCUUGCUGACGAUGAAGAAGAGGAGGAAUCUACUUGGGAUCGUGAAACAGACGAAGAAACGGCAGAUGGUGAGGUCGAGCAAGUUAGACCAGCAGAAAACGAAGGAACCGAUCGACCAAGAAGAGAAAGACAACAGCCGGCGCGACGGCAUGAGAGACUACUGUAUAUCCUUUCAUAA